AUGAAUCUGAUUAUUGAUCUCUACGGUAUAUUUACCUUCCCGGAGAAGCCAUCGAGUGCAGAGGUUCUGAACCUCGACAGAUCCGCGUCAAAGGAAGAGAUUCGAAAGGCUUAUCGAAAGCUAGCACUCCAGCAUCACCCGGACAAAGUGCAGGAAGAUGGACGAAAAGAAGCAGAAAUAAAAUUCAAGGCCGUCAGCCAGGCCUACGAGAUCCUCUAUGACGAAGAGAAGAGACAUAUCUACGAUACUCAUGGCAUGUCCGCGUUCGAUGGCUCAGGUCGACCAGGUGGCAUGGGUGGUGGGCCUGACCUAGAUGAUAUACUAGCCUCCAUGUUCGGCAUGAAUAUGGGUGGCGCGGGCAUGCCCGGUUUUGACCCCAGAGCUGGUGGGCCGGGGAGACGCCGGAAGGGACCCAACGAGGAGCAGCAAUAUACCGUUAGCCUGGAAGAUCUUUACAAGGGCAGAACCGUCAAGUUCGCCAGCACAAAGAACGUCAUUUGUACUUUGUGCAAAGGGAAAGGUGGUAAAGAAAAGGCUGUUGCAAAGAAGUGUUCCUCUUGCGGAGGUCAAGGACAAAAGGAGACCUUGGUACAGAUUGGGCCAGGUUUGGUCACCCAGUCGCUGAUGAAAUGUACCACUUGCGAUGGUGCUGGCUCUUUCUUCCAGCCAAAAGAUAAGUGUAAGAAAUGUAAGGGAAAGAAAGUCACCGAGGAAAAGAAAAUACUCGAGAUUUAUAUUCCUCGAGGUGCAAGGGAAGGAGAGAAGAUUAUCCUCGAAGGCGAAGGUGACCAGCAGCCUGAUGUGGAGCCUGGCGAUAUCAUCUUCCACUUGGAACAAGCUGAGCACAAGACUUUCAAGCGUGACGGUGCCGACCUAUCUGCCACUCUAGAAGUUACCCUCGCCGAGGCACUCUGUGGAUUUUCCCGUGUUGUUUUGAAACAUCUUGAUGGAAGAGGAAUUGAAAUUAAGCAUCCCCAGAAACCUGGUGAUGUCCUCCGUCCCGGGCAAGUUCUUAAGAUUGCCGGUGAGGGUAUGCCAUUCAAGCGUGGCGACUCGCGCGGUGACCUUUAUCUGAUCGUUGAGAUCAAAUUCCCUGAAGACGGCUGGGCCUCUGACCCAGCGACCCUGAGCCAGCUCCGAGAGCUGCUUCCGGCUAAUAAAGCACCUGCCAUCGAGGCUGACACUAUCGACGAGGUAGAAUUUGACCCCAAGGCCAGCCUGGAUAACAUGGGUGAAAACGAUAACCAGGGAGGUGGUGCCUGGGUUGAUGAAGACGAUGAAGACGGUGAGGGAGGCGCUCAAUGUGCUACCCAAUAG